UUUGAUUACCGGGUCAUCAUAGUGCAGAUUCUGGUGGUGGUGUUCCUUUGUAUCAACUUGUUGCUCAUUUUGACCUUUUUUUCAAAGAACCUCUUCUACACAACCAUGCGCUACUUCUUAUUUGCUGUAACACUAUUCUCUGAUAGCUUUAUUUUAAUCAUGUCUGAUGUCCUGCUCAACUUGAGCUACUUUCAGUUCACAAUGAAAAUUGGCCUGUGUAUCAUUCUCUAUAUUCUUCUGUCUCUGUACUCUUUUGUCACACCGAUUACUUUGACAGCAAUGACUCUGGAGCGUUAUGUUGCCAUCUGCAUGCCUCUGCGACACGGAGAACUGUGCUCCACAAGCAGCGCUGUGCACUGCAUCCUCAUCAUUCAUGGCCUCAGCGCUGUUCCCUGUAUUGUGGUUCUCUCCGUCUUCUUUGCAUCAGCCCCCCUUAAUAUGUAUACUCAAGACAAGAUUUGCUCCAUGCAAUUAUUUGUCUUUCUCCGGUGGCAGGAUCACAUUAAAUUAGUGGUAUUUCAGUUUUACUUCUUAAUUAUGUUUGUAACCAUCAUUUUAUCCUACAUUGGUAUAGUGAAGGUGGCCAAAGCUGCAUCAGGAGAGGAUAACAAGUCAACAUGGAGAGGGCUCAUAACGGUCAUUCUUCAUGCUUUCCAGCUGCUUCUCUGUCUCAUCCAGCUGUGGUGCCCGUUUAUAGAAACUGCAAUCCUCCCGGUUAAUUUUAUGUUAUUCAUCAAUAUUAGGUACUUUAAUUACAUAACAUUUACUCUUGCUUCAAGAUGUUUGAGACCUCUCAUUUAUGACCUCAGGGAUGAACACUUUUUCCGUGCAUUGAAAUACAAUACUGACACAAUGCUCAGUUAA